CAACAUUAACAAUUUUCAGAGAAUGGGUGAACAGUUACCAGCAAAAAGUGCACAAUUUCUUAUUCGUACUGAGCAAACUGGACUUUAACAAGUGGCAAACAGUCAUCGGUCUAUUAUCGUAUAAAGGAAACAUACCUUCACGCGAUUGGGCAAUGUUCCCUAUUUAAUGUUUACCUUUCGAUUGUCUGCUAGCUUGCUACGUGGAUAUAGACUCUUAACUUGUCGUUCAUUUGAGAGUACGCUUUCUUCAGGGUAGAAGGAAUUUAUCCAGGAUCUAGGAUAUUAUUGGGAAUAUUAUAUCAAGGAUCAAUCUAAAAUAGAAUAUUCAUCAAUGUCCAUAAUGGGGUUCACUGAGACGGAACCGGGAUAUUGGUUGCUUGCUGGAGUACUUGGUCUUCUCGUAGCUUGGUUGGUCAAACAUCUGAUAACCGGGCCCAAGAAUCUUCCACCAGGCCCCACUGGACUACCUCUCCUGGGUGUAGCCUGGCAAAUCUACAAGGGUGGGUCGGAUCCUCUUGCUCUCUUCGCUGCAUGGUCCAAGAAGUACGGUGAGAUGGUAUCCUUCUUCGUUGGUCCGAAGCCGAUCAUCAUCCUCAACUCUUACCCGGUCAUCUUCGAAGCCUUUCGUCACCCCGAUCUCCAAGACCGACUCGGCAGCCGACUACUUCAAGAAAUAAUUGGAUUAAAGAACAGCGGAAUUGCUUUUUCUAACGGAGACGUUUGGAAGGAGCAGCGUAAGUUCACCCAUUCUGUAUUCCGGAGUCUUGGUGUUGGUAAGAAGAGCUAUGAGGAUACCGUAUCAGCCGAGAUGACCCAGCUUUCUUCAGUCAUCAAAGAAAAGAAAGGUUCUCCUUUUGACCCCAGUACUCUCUUUAUGCAAGCCGUUUCCAACAUCAUUUGCUCUAUCGUCUUCGGCACACAGUACACAUACGACGACGAAGCAUUCAAGGAAAUUUUGCAUCUCGUGAACUCGAACGUACAAUUGUCAGGAGGGGGCGGAACGUUUUUGUUUCUUCCCAUUCCUGGUAUUUCCAAGAUUCCGUUUGGUAAAAUGAAGCUAAUGACAAACAACAUUCGGAGCGUGAACGCCUUCAUCCAGUCCCAGAUUGAGUCUCAUGAAAAGAAUCGGGAUCCAGAUAAUCAGAGGGAUUUCAUCGACCAGUACCUCAAUAAGUUGGAUGAAACCAAGGACACAGUUUCUUCAUUCACCAAACUCAAUUUAACCGGUUGUAUCGCCGACCUCUUCCUCGCUGGGUCUGACACGACAACUACUACCCUAAAGUGGUGCAUCCUCUUCAUGAUGGCCAACCCACAGGUUCAGUCACGUGUUCAAGAUGAACUUGAUCACGUGGUUGGCAGAGAACGAAUCCCAAGGCUGGAUGAUAUCAAAGAUCUUCCCUACACCAAUGCCGUUAUCUUAGAGGUUCAACGGAAGGGUGCGGUAGCCCCAUUAGGUGUACCCCACGUGGCUGCUGCGGAUACCACCAUACGAGGCUACACCAUACCGAAGGGCGCCGUCAUUGUGUCCAACAUUUUCGAGGUGCUGAACAGCGAGGAGCUCUGGAAAGACUCUGGGGCCUUCAAACCUGAGAGGUUUCUGACCGCAGAUGGAGAGCUCAUAAAGAGAGAUGAACUCAUCUUCUUUAGCACUGGUCGCCGUGUCUGUAUUGGAGAGCAGCUAGCCCGGAUGGAAACAUUCUUAGGGUUUACAAGCCUCCUUCAACGAUUCACCUUCAAGAAACCUGACAACUCACCGACUCUUUCUUUUGAAGGAGUAUUGGGUAUAUCAAGGAACCCUGUUCCCUACAUGACAUGUGCUGUAGUAAGAGAAUGAAAAUGAAAGGAAAACUCAUUAGAGAUACAGUCGUGAGGUAUGGUAAUAAGGAAACAUGGGACUCAGAGAAACCCACACUUGAUUUCCACGGUGAUAAAUGCUAUCUGCCAAAUGUUAAGGUAUAAAAUGAAUAAAGGCUGAAUAAUAAAACAAAAACAAACGUUGAAAUGGAACUAGUUGUCCCAACGCACGUCCUGCAUAAGACUCGGUCAUAUUUUGUCUAAAAUUAUUGCUUGAAGAUUUUAGUUAAUGUGAUUCCGGGCAGUUACUGUUACUUGACAUUUUCAGGUCUAAAUAUACAACAUACUGCAUUUUUAAUUAUUUUUUCCUCGAAAUAUAAAUUCAAUCACAUCUCAGGUUUAGUUGUACCUCUUUUGGAAAAGGGGAUAAUGAACCCAUUUAACACAUGGGUGAAGAGAAAAGCAAGAGCAGGUUAAUAUCUUGCCAAAGGAUAUUAGUGUCGUGUCGCGAUUCGUACCCUCGACCUUUGCAUCUUCAGUCAAGCGCCUUAAACCACUCGGCCACGACACUGUCUUCAAAUAAUAAAGUUUUUAAAAUAUAUUAACUUUUAUCUAUUGUCAAUAUACAUAUCUCAAAGAGUAGACGCGAUGCUUUUAAUAAGGAGCCUAUCCAUACUUCGAAGAUCUUCCAAAUGUUGUUGUCACAUUGAUCACAAUCAUGAUGCUGUGUUCUUAUUACAGGAAGCGGUUUAAGGGAGAAAAUAAAUAGACAAACGGAGCCGAUGUCUUAUACAAGCUCUAUUUAGGAGUCUUUCUGUCCAAAAUUAAAUUUAUUGAUUCUAUGUAUCAUUUAUUUUUAACUGGCAGAUGAUAAUAUGUUAGGAAUGAAACGUCUCUUUUUUGUGAUUUAUAUAUUUUGUACUCACCUUUAACUCGAUCGCGACUAUUUUUUAAAGAAAAUCAACUCAAGGGCGAUUUCAAUACCCUGUUGUAAAUCGCAUAGGUACCAUGUUCGGAUUACGUAAUACUUCAUUGACAAGUUCGCACGGUUCAAUAUGUGACGCACAAGCCUAUUCACAUUGCCCUAGGUUGAGUUUUCGAAAACAGUUGCGAUCGUAGUCUAUGUAGUAACCUAUCGUUUGUAGAAUGUUUUCUCAUUGAAACAAAAAAAUAAAGCGAAGACUAUCUAGAUAACUGUAAAUGCAAUGCUAUCAUACUUUGUGAAAAGUGAAUGAAAGAGAGGAAAAACGGGGGAGAUAAAGUGUGGAGGUAAAUGGUCAAUUUUCCCUUAUAUUUUGAGCCUCUAUAACUUCACUUUUCCAUAGAUUUAUAUUUCAAGUAUAAAGUUACAUCGUACAUAAAUUCUUCUUCUUUUUUUAGUGAUUUGUAAAUGAUAUUGAUUAUAAAAGCACUAAUUUGUUCACGUUUAAAACUGUGACAGGUGAUUCAUUGUUGUUUUGUUGUUGUUAUAUCUGUUAUUUUUGUAUAUUGUUUUAAUGGUAAAAACAACAUGCAUUGUCCCGAGAUUUAUCAGUGUUUCCUAUACUCAUUACGUAAUUCAUUACGUACUGAAAUUUCAUGUAAGUAAUAAUAAUGAUAAUUUUGUUUACACAGGGAAGCCUCAUUAGCAUCAAUGAUUAUCUUCCUGAGGCCCCUGCAAUUAUUAUACCCCAAGUUAUUGCCGGGUCCCCAUUUACACCUACUACGUGUGGAUUCACCCGAUUGGAUUCAUGUCUUAAAGGUACUAUGUCCCAUUUGCAGGCCAACAAAAUGAGGUAAA